GGGCGGGGCUACACUGCUGCAGGGUAAAUAUGCGGCUGAAACAAACCCGUAGAAACCACGAAGCAAGGAAUUAUGUUUUAAAACUAACACUGUUCAAAUACUACACUUAAUUAUGUGAGGCUAAAAAAAGCGAGGAAAAGACGUUUUUCCAACGAUACGAGUCAUUUCAUUUCUAGGCUUAAAGAAACGUUGACAGCACUCUAAUGUGGCAGUAAUUAGCUGCUGAGAGGGGGUGUAAAUCGGGCCAGACUUUCCUGACGGAGACGCUUUUCGGACGUCGAUGCUCUUUUUUAGCCACCGUGGCCCUUUAAGACACUCCAUAUUGUCCUGACAUGUGAUGCGUCAACACAGAGGGAACGGAUGGUGCUGUUAUGUAAAAAAGAAAGAAAAAACUGAAUUAUUAACAAAAACAGGGUGAAAGUGUCAGUCGGGCGUGUGCAGGGAUGCGAGCGCUCUGUUCAGGGUGAGCUAACUGCGUAUCCGGAUGGCAGCGAGUGGAAAACAGUCCUCGACGAGGAUUGAGUGAAAAGUCCGUGGAUAAAACGAAGGACCGAAGUGAGCCGUCAGCGCAGCUCCGCGCGCUCGCUGAAGAAUUGAAGUCUCGACCAGCACCUUCACAGGAAGGAUCUGCAUGGAAGACUAAUGACCCAUGCACGGCAGAAGGAUUCUUGCAGAUAUCAGAGUGAAUCCAGGGAGCAGGUGAGCUGCCAGACACAUGCUGAAACCAUGGGCAAAGCCUGGCCAGAGUGCCCAGUGCAAGAAAAGAAGACGAGGAGACGUUCUUCCAAAAGAGGAGGAGAUAAGGAAGUAAAGGAGCAAAGUGCAGAUAAUGACAGGAAGCUUUAUCCUCUCAGGGGAAGGCUGGGAAUGAGUGAAGUGGGCACCUUAAACUGCUGUGUGGUACUGACCCGUGUGGAUGACGGCAGGACUUGUAAGAGCAGCAUGAAGUCUUUGUCUAAGAAAGAAGGAAAACGGAAGAUGAAGGCAAAGAAGGGGAAAAAACUGUCUUGCAAGUGUCGCAAGAAGACCUGCAAAGCUUGCCGGACAGCGCCUGGACCAAAAAGCAACCUGAAACCUGACAAAACUGCCUUAUAUACAGAACUUCUCCUGGAGCCUCGCAAGCGACGGCUGGCCUCUCUAAAUGCGGAGGCAGUCAACAGUCUGUUAUUAUUUAGAGAGGACCCUCAGCAGGCCUCAAAACUCACAAAAAAGCAGCCAAAUCCUCCAAAUGGGGAUUCUGAACAUCCAAAAGGUGAAACUGACAGUUCUAGGAAAGCACUAGAAGGUCGAAAACGUGCUCAUCCAAGAGAGACAGUGCAGAGUAAAAACUCCAAAAAAGCCAAAAAGGCAAAAACAGAGUCUGAACAUCUGGACCAGUUGAGUCUAAAUAGUCCAGCUCCAAGACGUCUAGCGGGUUUGAACGCGGCUGCUCUGCUGAAGCUUACUAGCACCUCAUCUGGAGCUAAGCGUCGAGUUAAAACGGAUUGCAAGCCAGGCAAUGGAGGAGCGAGAACGAAACAAGUCCAGGUAAAGACAAAAAAGCAGCAGCAAAACACACCCUGCCAGUCCACCAAGUUGCAAGUAUCGCAACAGUGCUGUGAUCUUUGCAAGAAAGAAGCCCUCCAAUCAGAGGCGAUGUGGGAAGGCACUGCAGGGGGGCAUGGAUUCAUUAGGCCUGGUUACCAGUGCAGGUCCAUGCUGGGCUACUCCUUGAAGCCUGUGAAAGAAGAGAAAACUGAAGCUGAUGUGAAUUCCUGUUACUGCUGUUCCCAGGAGAGCUCUGUGGAGUACUGCCACCGACUAGCCCUGUUCCUUGGGCAGAAAGCAUAUCCUGAAUCAGAAGAACAUUCUAUGCCAUCUGUAAAGGGGUUUCUUCCUUCUGCUCAUGCACUGACACACCCAGCCUUGACCAUAGGCGCCCACCCGUAUUCCUGCUACCCUGGUUACUACGUGCACAUUGCCCACCAUGGGUCCUCCACACUCCCUGUGAGCACAAGUCCUGGACCCCAUACUCCCUCAGUACCUCCUAUUACACUGUGCCCGAGUGGUGUCCAGAGACCCAAACUACUGCCCUCACCAGUUUCCCACCCUUCAGGCAUCCCUCACCCAGCGUACUGCAACUCUGUGGGAACCUGUUAUGGGGAACCCUGCAGGAUCAGCAGCUAUGCCUACAGACCCCCUCAACCCAUCGCAAGCAGGGGAUGCUCAUUCAGCACUGGAUGCUCCAGCUGCAGCCACAAAAUCAAAAUGGAGGACUACCCUUACCCUCUGGAUGAGCACAGUUCCUCAAUCCCCAUGUCCCCCGCCCUGCCCCUGUCUGUCUGCCCCAUCCCCAGCGUGGCCCCAGCUGCCCAGCCUAUGCCCCACCUGCAGCCACCCCUGCCUGAUGCUGGGCGAUCGCAGGUCCAGCUGCGUGUGGGCCGUGAAUGCCCUCAGAGUGCCAAGCCGCCUAGCAGCUCACGCUCUGGCAUGCGGGACUCUGCCGGAUGCCCCCACAUGAAGGACAGCCAGCUGGGAGCCAGCCACGGCAGCCCUGCCGCCAAGCAGCCCAAAAUCAGCCGCCGACGGGCCACCAAUGGCUGGCUGCCUGUGGGCACAGCCACUGAAAAGGAGGUAUUCAUAGUGGGUGAGGAGUCACCAGCACUGCGCAGGUGUUAUGAAGGAGUGCAAAGAGACGGAGAGGUGAUUAGGGUGCGAGACACUGUGCUGCUGCGCUCUGGCCCCCGCAAGAAGUCCCUCCCCUAUGUGGCUAAAGUCUCUGCCUUCUGGGAGGACCCUGAGUCAGGGGAGUUGAUGAUGAGUCUGUUUUGGUACUACCGUCCAGAGCACACUCAGGGGGGCCGCAAUCCCAGCAUGCACUGUGAGAAUGAGAUUUUCGCAUCCCGCCAUCAGGACGAGAACAGCGUAGCGUGCAUUGAGGAUAAGUGCUACGUCUUGACAUUAGCACAAUAUUGUAGAUUUUGUGCCUUGGUGAAGCGUCGUGAGGAGAGUCUUCCCAAAAGUGCCCCCCUGGUCCCUCCUGCUCUCAACUACACCAUUCCAGCUCAUCGCCGAGUGCCAGCCGACGUUGAUCCUGACUUGGUGUUUGUCUGUCGUCACGUUUACGACUUCCGCUACGGCCGCCUGCUGAAGAACCUGCAGUAGCACUGGUGAGAGGACAGGUUUGACAACAUGGAGCCAUACACUGAAACCAGAGUCCAAAAGCUGAAGACACAAUCAACGCCCUUAUCGAGGGAAUUCCUGAGAGGCCACAGGACUGACAAAAGUUUGGUUGUUCUUUGCAGACAGUGUCCCUGUACAAGCUGAGAGAGAUUUAAGGUUAGUCCUUGCAUAGUGAUUUAAUAUAAUGGCAUUUUGAGCACAACUACUUUGCGGUAAAUGAAAUCAAUGGCCAAGAUGUGAUCCAUCACUCGAUGAAGUUGCUUAUAUAUUUAUUUGGUUUGACAGUAGUUAUCUUUUAUACUCGCUGGAUGUGUGUGUGGAAAAAAAAAAAACAGAAAGUAAUCAAAGUUUUAGGUACAUUAGAGGUACCUUGAAAUAUGAAUUAGAGGUCUAAAUAUUCUUUUCUUGACUGUAAACGUGCCCUUAUUGGCUGUAGAUCUAUUUAUUUAUAGAUAUAAGGUGAAAAAUAUAUUUAUUUUUAGAGCAGUUAAAAAUGAGGUCACUAGUUAAAGUAGACAUGACCAAGAGUACUUCCUCUUUCCUGAAUCGAAUCUAUAUUUUCCCCACCAAUCACCAGUCUACCAAUCUGUCAUACCACGCUGUGGAGGACCGUAGACAUUCUAGUGGACCAAAUAUUCAAGGGUUCAACUAGCAGUUGGCUAACUUCACUAUUGAUUGACCAAUGAAAGGAAGUUUGUUAAAAAAAAACUCAUCUUACUGUAAUUAAUGAGGACUUGCCUUACACCCUUACAAAGAGCGUGUCCUGUUUCCCCAUCUCACAUCCUGCCUUUCC